AUGGCCUCCUCAAAUAUCUGCUCACACUGUCUGCGAACCCUCCGACAGAAUGUUCGGCCCCAGACCCUUCAACUGUCGAAGUCCUCCAACCGGCGGCAGCUCGGUGCAACUGCUGCACAAUGGAAGCAAGAGUCAUCUCCUCAAGCCUCCGCUUCCAAACGACCUAAUCUUCGAGUCGCAGCUCCCACCACCAUCGGCACGGCGACCUCUAAUGUUACAGCUGGAUAUCCCGAAGACCCUAUAACAGAGUCUCCUCAAUCACAAGCAACCCCGAAACCAGCUUCUACGCAAAGAACACCCAGCGUCUCGAAUAUGCAGAAACAAAUUCAAUCCGCCCUCGGUGCUCCCAGUUCCGGCCUCGGCGCUCGCCUGGCACAGGGACUGCGCAAUAAUACCCCAAAAGCUGUAACUCAAUCCUACAUCACCUACGGAGAAACAGAGGCACUAUUCAAAUCCUGUGCAGCACAAGCAGACUAUACCAUUCCAGACGAAGAGCGGAUGAACGUUCUCACAGGCAAAGGACCCCCGAAAGCCGCCGACGGGGCUGAUCUCGGCCACCCCAUCAAGGACACAUGGUGGUUUAACACGAUAGGCCUGCUGCCAACAUUCUCCACGUGGUCCCAGGUCACCUUCCUGCACAUGUACGUGCUCGUGGUCCGAUUACGUGCACUUGAAGCUGCGGAAUUCAACGAGUAUCAUCGUUAUAUGAUCGAGCACUUCUCCAACGCAGCGGAGGAUAGGAUGGUUUUGUUACAUAACCUCGCGGCAAAAGGCGUGAGAAAUAAAUAUCUCAAGGAUCUGUUCCUGCAGUGGCGCGGCGUGCUAGCUGCUAACGACGAAGCUAUGGUCAAGGGUGAUGCGGUCCUCGCUGGUGCGAUCUGGCGAAACCUAUUUCAAGGCAAGGAGGAUGUGGACUGGGAGAAGGUUGCUCUCGUCGUCGCCUACCUGCGCCGGGCUAUUACCAAAGUCGGGACUUUGGAACUCAACACCAUCAUCACGCAUAUAGACGGACCUCAAGGAAUAUGGGCACAAAGUCAGAAGCGUAUACAGGAGCUGGUCGACAGGCCGAACAAGAACCUGAACGAGCCAUUCACUGAUAGUGCUCAGUCGGAUGUUGCUCCUGCCAAGGAGUAG